AUGGCCACACGAGAGCUGAGCAAGCAAGGCGAGCGGUCCGCAGCGGCGAAGUACUGGCCUCGUAAAAGCAUCGUAAAGGGCGCGCGUUCGGAGUGCGUGGCGAUGGCCGCUUUGAUUUGUGCGCAGCAGCUGUUCCGGAGCGUUAAUAACUUAAUUCGUCAGAGUAGGCGGCGCGGAAGAGGGUCUACGAGCGGCGCUGCGUGCGCGUACGACGACGCUAUGUCGCUAAGC